CUCUCUCUCUCUACUUCUCUCUCUCCCCAUGAUCGAAAAGUGCCUCCUUUCUGCAAAUUCUGGUUGUGUUCGGGGGAGAGAGAGUGUAUGGGUGAAUUGGUCAAUUGGAGAGAGGCGUCUCCUCUUCUGUUUCUGUGUUACCGUCUCAUCUUUGGGUGGGAUCUGUUUCGGUGCAGAGAGCAUGGUGCUCAGAGAUGCCUCGAGGAGGAGCCUUUUCGAUGGGCUGCCCAUUUCCGCCGAUAGAUCUUAUUUGCAGGAAGACCUUACUAGGAUCGAUGAAGGGUGGACUGCUGCUCGAUUUGAUUCCUUACCUCAUGUUGUCCGUAUUUUGACAUCAAAAGAUCGUGAAGGUGAAAUACAGUUUCUGAAGGAACAGAGUGAUAUUGUUGAAGAGGUUGUUGAUGAGGUAGUCCAUGCUUAUCACAGUGGUUUCAACAAGGCAAUACAAAAUUAUUCUCAGAUUUUGCGGCUGUUUAGUGAAUCUACUGAAAGCAUAGGCAGUCUGAAAGUUGAUUUGGCUGAAGCGAAGAAGUUUCUAGGAUCUCGAAAUAAGCAAUUACAUCAGCUAUGGUACAGAUCUGUUACACUGCGACAUAUAAUUUCUCUCCUAGAUCAAAUUGAGAAUGUUUCCAAGGUGCCUUCUCAAAUAGAGAAGUUUAUUACUGAGAAGCAGUUGUACGCAGCUGUUCAAUUGCAUGUGCAGUCAACUUUGAUUCUUGAGAGAGAAGGCCUCCAGGGGGUUGGUGCAUUACAAGAUGUGCGUUCGGAGCUGACAAAGUUACGAGGUGUCCUGUUUUUCAAGGUUUUGGAAGAACUACAUAAUCAUAUUUACAAUAAGGGCAAAUACAAUUCAUCUAGUAACCAUAUGCAAGAAAUGGAUGAGGAGAUACCUAGUACUGUACUUUCUGUAGCUGCCUUCAACAGUUCACAUCCUGUUUCACGGAGAACCAAGGCAAGAGCUGAUAACCAUUUUGAUUCUCCGGCAUAUAGAGAUGGAUUCCACAGGCCUGGUUCAGUUGAUGGAAGUUCAUUUGAUGGACAUGAGGAUGAGAGCGCACAUGCUGCAGAAAACAUUGAUGGAGCUGCUUCUGAUGGUUCAGCAUUUACAGGACGGGCAAAUGAAGCCAAUGGCCUGUCAAAAGAUUUCAAAGUUGUCUCACGUCGUCUCCCAGCGUGGCUGGAAAAUUCAACUCCAAACGAGUUCAUAGAAUCUAUUAAAAAGAGCGAUUCCCCACUUCAUGUGAAAUAUCUUCAUACUAUGGUAGAAUGUCUUUGCAUGCUGGGCAAAGUUGCAGCUGCUGGUGCAAUCCUAUGCCAAAGAUUACGGCCUUCCAUUCAUGAGAUCAUGAUAUCCAAGAUAAAAUCUCGAGCAGCAUACCUGUCUUCAUCAAAGCAGACAGCUGAUCAAAAUUCACAAAAGACUGGGAUUGCUGCAAACUCUAAAAAGGUGGGAGUCUUAGAAAGUUACUGUAUGCUGAAGCAGAAGAGCCAGACUGAAGCAGUGACUGGAGCCAUAACUGCAGUUGGUCCUGUCUCACCAGCAAUGGCCCCUGCGGGUGCUGCCCAAGCUUUGACACAAGAACUUUUGGUCUCUAUCUUGGACACUUUAGUUCAAAUUCUUGAGAACCAUGUUACUGUUGGAUCUCUUCUGGAGUCAAAAGGAGCACUAGGUGAGAUGAGCACCCCAAAAUCUAUGAAUGGUGAUGUGAACUGGGGCCCUGAUUCUGAAACUAAUCAAGCUACCGGAGGCUAUAGUGUAGGAUUCUCUUUGGCCGUCUUACAGAGCGAGUGUCAACAACUCAUAUGUGAGAUUCUGCGAGCGACACCUGAAGCUGCAUCUGCAGAUGCUGCCGUACAGACCGCUAGACUUGCAAACAAGGCUCCUUCUAAGGAAAAAAGGAACAAAGCUGAUGGAGGUCUUUCUUUUGCAUUCCGUUUUACAGAUGCAGCAGUGACUGUACCUAACCAAGGAGUUGAUGCUAUUCGUCAAGGAUGGGGCAAGAGGAAUGCAACUACACAAGAAGGCUAUGGAACUUCAGCUAUUCUUCCUGAACAGGGAAUCUACCUAGUAUCAUCCAUUUAUAGGCCAGUCCUUCAGUUCACAGAUAAGGUUGCACUGUUGCUCCCAGAAAAGUAUUCACAACUUGGCAAUGAUGGCCUGCAAGCAUUUGUAGAGAACUUCUUGAAGGAUCACUUCUUGCCAGCCAUGUUUGUGGAUUAUAGGAAAUGCGUACAGCAAGCCAUAUCAAGUCCUGCUGCUUUUAGACCAAGGACACAUGCUACAUCUGCUUAUACCCCCAUAGUCAGUAAGGGGCGGCUUGUACUUCAGGGUCUUUUGGCUAUUGACUUCUUGGCAAAGGAGGUCCUUUGUUGGGCACAAGCAAUGCCAAAAUAUGCUGGUGAACUUGUGGAGUAUGUACAAACUUUCCUCGAGCGUGCCUAUGAACGUUGUCGAACCUCAUACAUGGAGGCAGUUCUAGAAAAACAAAGCUACAAGCUUAUGGGGAGGCAAGAUAUUGAGAACCUUAUGAAGCAUGAACCAGCGAGUGCAUGUUUGUCUAGUUCAUCCGGCCAGGGAAUCCUUGAGCAAUAUGGCUCAGAUGCAGAAACUGUUGAGUUGGAGAUGGAACUAAGUAAUCUACUAUUGAAUUUGCUGCCAAUCAAGCAGGAGAAUCUUAUUCGUGAUGAUCAUAAGUUUAUUCUGCUUGCUUCUCUCAGUGACUCACUAGAAUAUUUGGCAGAUUCUAUUGAAAGGCUUGGGCAGAACUCAGCAAGAUCAACAAGUCAGCCAGAAAAAAGUGGCUCUGAUCCUUUAUCUGAGGAUAAUAAACAAAGUGGUCCACUCACAAAAAGCCUUGCUUCUCUUGCCAACGAGUAUAGAAGCUUGUCCAUUGAAUGCCUUAAGGUCUUACGUGUGGAGAUGCAGUUGGAGACCAUUUUCCAUUUACAGGAAAUGGCUGGUAGGGAGUACUUAGAGGAUCAAGAUGCUGAAGAGCCGGAUGAUUUUGUCAUUUCAUUGACAGCGCAGAUAACACGGAGGGAUGAGGAAAUUGCUCCCUUUGUUGCAGAAGUAAAACGAAGCUACAUAUUUGGUGGAAUAUGCAGUGUUGCAGCAAAUAUGUCAAUCAAGGCUCUAGCUGAAAUGAAAUCCAUCAACCUUUUUGGAGUUCAACAGAUUUGCCGCAAUUCAAUUGCAUUGGAGCAGGCACUUGCUGCUAUACCAUCGUUAGAUGGCAAAUUUGUCCAACAGAGGCUUGAUCGUAGUCGGACAUAUUUUGAACUCCUGAACCUACCAUUUGAGGCGUUGCUAGCUUUCAUCUCAGAACACCAGUACUUGUUCACAGAAGCAGAGUUUUCCAACCUUUUAAAGGUCAACGUCCCAGGUAGAGAAAUCCCUGUACAUGCCAUCCAGCGUGUAUCUGAGAUUUUUGCUCGGUGAUAACUAAUUUGACGAGCAAGUAGCUGGCGUCAGGGGAGUCAGCGUCAAUGUGUUUGUCAAAUAGUCUAUGGUGUCUACGAGAUUGUUGUUGUUAUGGGUUCCCUUAAAUUUUGUAGCGUUUGGCAGUGUAUAGUAUAAUGUGGUCUUUAUUUUUUACUAGAGGAUGAUGGUUUAUCCUUGUCAUGAUCAUCAUCAUCGAAUUGUUUUUUGGGUUGUUUUCAGCGUUUUGACUUCAUUUCUGCAUGUAGAUGAUGUGCCAUUAUUUGUUAAUAUCAAUGUGAAUUUAUCUCCA